AUGAUUAUCUUUCAGGAAUGUUAUCAGGAAUAUUAUAACCGAUUACACAGAACUUACAAUAAUGGAAGUGGAAUACCAUCUGCCGGUUACAUCCUACUUGUUGAUGCUGUAAAUACACGUACCUGUUCUGGUAGUACAGCAGCAUUUGCAUCAUCAUGUUUAAUGGAUGAGGAAACAGAUAGGCCAAUUCUUGGAUUUGUAAAUGUGUGCCCAGGAAAAAUGGGAGUUGAUUAUCCUGAAGAUAAAAAUUCACUUGGAAUUUUCUUGCAUGAAAUCGGUCAUGCACUUGGAUUUUCAUCAUCCAACUUCCCUUUUAUGCGCUUUCCAAAUGGGACAGCUCGAACUCCCAGGGACGAUAAACAUAAGCCAAAGUACAAAGAUCAAUAUGGAAAUUAUAUUCCGAGUAACAACACUGUCAAAAAGAUCACAAGAACAUGGAGAAGUACAGCAGGAUGGUUUACUAAAGACUUUUAUGCUUUCGUUACUCCUAAAAUUCUGAACGCUGCAAGAAAACACUUCACUUGUAACCGGUUAGAUGGAGCAGACUUAGAAAAUCAAUACCAAACUGGACCGAUAGGAUCGCAUUGGGAGGGAAGAACGUAUGCAAGCGAAAUAAUGGCUGGAAGAAUACAAAUUGAUUACUCUGUAUCGCGUGUUACUCUUGGCUUCUUUGAGGAUUCGGGUUGGUACAUUGUUGAUUACUCAAAAGCGAUGAAAUGGGAAUAUGGUAGACAAUUAGGAUGUGACUUUAGCAUGAAAAGUUGCUUCGACUAUGCUGAAAUUAGACGACAACACCGCAGGAAAUUUAUCCCAUUCUGUGACACUAUUAAUGAAGCAAGAUGUCGUGAUGCAUUCUCAUAUGGAACAUGUAGUAUUUUGAGAUAUCAUGAUCCAGUUCCCAUAGAAGAUCGUUUCUUCUUAAAAGCCCCAUUUGAUACUCAAUAUGGUCCUGAAUAUUUUGGUGGGGAAGAUCCAUUUAAAGACUAUUGUCCAACAAUGGCCUACAAGUGUUAUAAUGAUGGAACGCUUGGUUUAUACUUUAAAGAUUCAACUGUGAAUUGUACCAGGAAAGAUCAGCCAGUACGUUUUAAUGUAUCUGAUGGAAUAUCGAGACUUAAUGGGGAAAUCUUAUGUCCUAAUGUUAACAGGUUUUGCAAGGAAUUCGCACAUCAGGCAAUGCAAUUUUGGCAAGAAGCAUUAACAGUUAAAAGACCAGAAAAAACUAAUCAACUUGCUCAAAGAUAUUGUGAAAGUUCCAAUAAUUACUUUACUUAUCCAACGGAUUCUGUUUGUACUAAUUCACGAUGCCAAAUUCAAGCAAAAUGUGGUCAUGUCGAUGUCCCAAAUGAAUAUUCAUCUGAAUGUUCAGAAAAGCACAAUGGAAGGUUGCAUAGACUAUACACUAAUGGGAGUGGAAUUCCAUCUGCCGGUUAUGUCGUACUUUUUGACGGUUAUCAAACAAGAAGCUGUAACGGCAGCGUAGCAGCUCAUGCUGGAUCUUGUGUAAUGGAUCUAGAUACAGAUAGACCAAUUCUUGGAUAUGUUAAUGUAUGUCCUGGUAAACUGAAAAUUAAAUAUCCUCAGAAUAGAUAUUCACUUGGAAUUUUCAUCCAUGAAAUUGCUCAUGCACUUGGAUUCUCGUCAUCUAGUUUUGCAUUUAUGCGCUUUUCUAAUGGAACUGAACGAACUCCCAGAGAUCAUUGGCACAAACCGAUUCACAGGGAUAAACAAGGUUAUUAUAUACCAAGCGACAAUACAAUGAUUAAAAUUAAAAGGGAAUGGGAAAGUGCGGAAGGAAUGUUUACAAAGGAAUUUUACUCAUUCAUUACACCUGCCGUCUUGGGAGCUGCGAAAAAGCAUUUGAAAUGUUCAAGUUUAGAUGGAGUUGAUAUAGAAAAUCAAAAACAUCGUGGACCAAUUGGUUCUCAUUGGGAAGGGAAAACAUACGGAACUGAAAUAAUGACUGGAAGAAUAGAAGUAGAUUAUGCUGUAUCUAAUUUGACUUUAGGUUUCUUUGAAGAUUCAGGAUGGUACCUCGUUAAUUAUAGAAAAACUAUGGUUUGGGAAUAUGGUAAAACAUUAGGAUGUGACUUUGCUGAAAAAAGUUGUUACGCAUUUGCUGAAAUUAAAAGACGAAAGAACAAAACCAUUCAUCCAUUCUGUGAUAAAGUUAAUUUAGUAACAUGUCGGGAUUUAUAUUCAUAUGGAAUAUGCCAUAUUAUUAAAUAUAAUCAUGAAAUUCCCCCUGAAUAUCGUUUUUUUAAAACUCCUCCAUUUGAAACUUCAUAUGCAGCUAAAUACAUUGGAGGUGAUGAUCUAUUUAAAGAUUAUUGUCCAACUCAAACUUUUACAACUAUUGAUCAUCAUCAUCAUCAUCAUCAUCAUCAUCAUCAUCAUCAUCAUCAUCAUCAUCAUCAUCAUCAUCAUCAUCAUCAUCAUCAUCAUCAUCAUCAUCAUCAUCAUCAUCAUCAUCAUCAUCAUCAUCAUCAUCAUCAUCAUCAUCAUCAUCAUCAUCAUCAUCAUCAUCAUCAUCAUCAUCAUCAUCAUCAUCAUCAUCAUCAUCAUCAUCAUCAUCAUCAUCAUCAUCAUCAUCAUCAUCAUCAUCAUCAUCAUCAUCAUCAUCAUCAUCAUCAUCAUCAUCAUCAUCAUCAUCAUCAUCAUCAUCAUCAUCAUCAUCAUCAUCAUCAUCAUCAUCAUCAUCAUCAUCAUCAUCAUCAUCAUCAUCAUCAUCAUCAUCAUCAUCAUCAUCAUCAUCAUCAUCAUCAUCAUCAUCAUCAUCAUCAUCAUCAUCAUCAUCAUCAUCAUCAUCAUCAUCAUCAUCAUCAUCAUCAUCAUCAUCAUCAUCAUCAUCAUCAUCAUCAUCAUCAUCAUCAUCAUCAUCAUCAUCAUCAUCAUCAUCAUCAUCAUCAUCAUCAUCAUCAUCAUCAUCAUCAUCAUCAUCAUCAUCAUCAUCAUCAUCAUCAUCAUCAUUUAGGUUUUUUGUUCACAGAAUACAAUAUCCAAUGUUCUGUGUUUGUGAACAUAGAUUUACUAAUAUUUUUGUUUAUUUUACUACAAAUUCAGAAUGUUUUUAGAUACCUUUUGAACUUUAUUUCAAUAUCAGAUGGUGUUAAUCGUUUAUACGAAACAUAUGGAACAAAGGCACUUUGUACAGAACAUCGAGGUACUUGGAUUUAUAAGGAUCAUUAUGAAGAGGAAAUAAGUAGUAAUGUGAAAGCAAGUUGUCAUAAGAAAAGACCGUUAACCAAUAAACAGUUGGAGAUCAUCUUAGUUUAUGAUGAAGAUUUACAACAGAAUCAAGCAUUUCCGAAAAUAAAGGUAAGUCUUGUUUUGGAUUAUGGUAUAUUAUUUGAUGGUGUGAUAACAUCAAUUACUAACUUGAGUCAAGAUUAUGUGGAUUUUCGUUUAUUAUAUAUUGACUUUUCAUUGAUAAUUCCUAAUGACACUUCACAUCGUUUAUCUGAAUGA